GUUGCAACUGGCUGGUUUGGGCCCCGACCCUGCUCUAGCCCAUGCACGCCCAGGUGUCACAGCUUAUCCCAUAAGGUCUCCCGCUUCGUACCUACCUAAGUUAUCCAUUUCGGUCCAUUUCGGUCUCCGCGCAAUUACGUCUUCCACUCCUUCCUUGCACUUACGGACCUGCCCUUUGUUACUCGGCCCUCCCCUUUCUAUUCCGUCUCUCUGAUUGUCGCAUAUCCUCGCCUCAUCUUCUUUGUAGGUGCCUCUUUGUUUGGCUUCACCUUUGCAGACCAUCACCAUCGAUUCUUGACCGCUUCCGCAAUCAGCAUCGCCUUCGACUUAUUCGAUCCACCAUGUCCUCGCUCUUCAAGUAACCCGGUAUCACCUUACUUCACAAACCAAUCGAGGCUUCGCAUCGCACUUUCGAAACCUCCUACUUGGCGCUGGCGCGUGCGCGUCUUGCCCUGUUAUUUGACCCCCAAAAUGUUUGGCUCAAUCAAGAAUCAUUGGGACGACCUGCUCGAGGAGCAUCCUCGCCUCGCGUCUCUCGUCUCGACAGUUCGUGCCGGGGUACCGCCCAUCAACUACAUCACCAUACACUACGCCUACUUCAUCCUAGGAUCCCUCCUCUUCUCCGUCAUCCUAUGGGGCUCCAGCAAUACCCGUAACAACAUCGAAUUUGUUGAUUGCAUGUUCCUCGUUGUUUCUUCAUUCACCAACACGGGCCUCAACUCGGUAGAUCUUAGCACUUUGACAACAUGGCAGCAAGUCCUGCUUUGGAUCCUAUUCAUCAUCGGCAGCGUCAUUUGGGUCUCAUUCUGGACCGUCUUGGCCCGUAAGCACGCCUUUGAAAAGCGCUUCGAGGACAUUGUCGAGACAGAACGUGAGAGUCGGAAACGCCGUGCCGCUGCCAAACAGACCCCGGCCUUCCGCCAAUUCUUCACCUUUGACAAGUUCAAGACAUCGCCCCCUGCAACUGGAGGUAUCUUACCAGGCCUAGGCACCCGCCAACGCGUCUCAGAAAAAAUCGAAGAAGCGGUCGAUGAUCCCAAUGAUCUGCUCUCUGUUGGCAUCGAUGCCCGUCGUACCGUCUCGUGCCCCGAAGAAUCCAUCCCCUCAGACACAGAAGAGAAUCCUAGCAGGACGACGACGCUUGCAUCUGAGGCGGAUAUCUCUUCAAGGGAUCAUAUUCGAUUCGCUGAGUCUUUUGGGCGCCGCCCCGAGCGAAGAGGCAGCGCAUCCAUCUACCAGCACGACAACCAGGGAACCAAUAGAGAUGCUCGACGGCCUUCAACUGCGGAUUCCGCCGGCUCAGAUCAAUCAGAAGACUUCCUCUUACACUGGAAAAAGAUAUUGGGAAAUCACAAUGUUAGCCGCAGGGGACAAUUUUACGACCUGACUUCAGAUGAGCGAGAGGCACUCGGCGGUUGUGAGUACCGUGCUCUGAAGAUUCUCGCCGUCACCGUCCCCAUGUAUGGUUUCCUGUGGCAGUUUCUAGGCGCCGUUGCCUUGGGUGCCUGGAUCGCCAUCAAUAAUCCAACUGCUGCGAGGGACUACGGUGCGAAUCCCUGGUGGUCGGGGAUUUUCUUAUCUGUCUCCGCCUUCAACAACGCUGGGAUGUCGGUCAUCGAUGCCGGUAUGACUGUCUUUCAAGGCUCUUACUUCGUUUUAGUCGUCGUUGGCCUUCUUAUUCUCGCCGGGAACACAGCAUAUCCUCUCUUCCUGCGAUUUAUUCUAUGGUUGAUGCUCAAAACUCUUCAAUUAGCAAAGGGCUCAUCCACCUAUGGGCCAUGGCAAGAGACAGUCGAGUUCAUCCUCAAGUACCCUCGAAGAGUCUACACCACGCUAUUUCCUUCUCAGGCGACCUGGUGGCUACUUCUCAUACUUCUUCUGAUUAACACCAUCGACUGGGUCGCGUUUGAGGUCUUGAACAUUGGUAACCCAACCGUCGAGGCACUACCCAUGACAGACCGGAUCUUUGCUGGCUGGUUUCAAGCAAUUGCUGUUCGUGCUGCCGGUUUCGCCGUGGUCUCCAUGUCCGCCCUCUAUCCCGCCGUCCAGCUUUUGUACAUGAUCAUGAUGUAUAUUUCCGUUUAUCCAGUGUCCAUCACAAUGCGACACUCCAAUGUCUACGAGGAAAGGUCCCUUGGUAUCUAUGAUGAUGACCCGGCUGCUGAGGGACAGCCAGAAGACGACUUGACAACACUUCCUUCGAAUAAUAACGAUGAUCCAGCCAAGAGACAUCUUCGACGGAGAGCUACUGCUGCAGUAAUCAGCAAGACGGUAAAGAGAUCAAUGACAUUUCAAGGCGUCGGUGUCCCUCCGGCUAAAGGCUCCGGGGAUACUUCCCCUGUUUCUUUCAUCGGACAGCAAAUUCGAGGUCAGCUUGCCCACGAUCUGUGGUGGCUAGUCGUGCCAUUGCUCAUUAUCAUGAUCAUCGAAACGGAUCACUUCCUCGACCAACCUCUUGCAUACAGCAUAUUCAACGUGCUAUUUGAGGUUGUAUCUGCGUACGGCUGCGUUGGCCUUUCAAUAGGCCUUCCCGGUGCCAACUAUAGUUUUUCGGGCGGUAUGCACCCUGGCAGCAAGGUUGUUUUGUGUAUCGUGAUGUUGAGAGGACGCCAUCGAGGCCUGCCCGUCGCACUAGACAAGGCGGUCAGAUUGCCAGGGCUGAAGUUGCAAAGGGAAGAAGAAGAGGACUCGCGAAUUAGGCGAGCCAUGACGAUGAGUAUGGAUCAAAUCACCAGCCGCGGCAAUAUAGACUAGGCAGGGUCUUUUUACUAGACUUUAGUAGAUCUGCAAGCGUGGCGUUUUGGGUUUUUAAGGAUUUAUAUCGCUAAUUCAAUUACGUGGACGGGAAGGGGGGUAAAAUAUAGACGCAUCUACGGGGUUAAUAGCACAGAAUAAAUA